AUGCAAAUAUGUCCAAAAAUUGUCAAAAAGCGUCAAAAAUAUGGCAAAUAUUUCCUAAAAUUUGCUAAAGUGUCAAAAAAAGUGGCUAAGUUUCAUAUUUUUGUCAAAAAAAUGUCAAAUUUGUCAAAAAAUAUAUCUAGGAUGUCAAAAACGUCAAAAAAACAACCAUUAAAAUUUUAUGCUAAUUUUGACAUAAUUUAA